AUGAACCUUAUUGUCCGAAGAGUACUCCGAGAGAAUCACGUCCACGUGUUGGCAAGCAAUAAGGAGAGAUUGUACUUGUCUCGCGGGCAGCUAGGACGUGGACUAAGUAACAUCGUACACUUAAGUGAGGGAAUUCUUACUAAGAUGCACGACACCUUGUGGAGUGGGUCGAGUGUAUCCCAAAGGAAGGCUGCCAUCCUUGCUGCUGAAAAAGCGCGUGGUACACACCUAGGGACCAUAAAAGGCCAUGUGUCGGCUAAGUAUGGUCUAGGUGCUACCCAAGUUAAUGUGAAGGAGUUGAUCAAACUUCAAAAGGAGUCUUUAAUUAAAAAGAUCAACUUAAAAGUCCUUCACAAGACUCUCUUUAGCAGCCUGGACAACCCGCACAUUGGCAUAUCGUCGUCAUCAACGUGGCUGAAAUAUGGGAAUAACUCUCCCCGAUCAGAAGGGUUGUUUUCAUAUUUGCAGGAUAGAAACUUUUUUAAUGGUCAACGGAAACAGUGUAACCACUGUAAGAGUAAGGCAAUGACCGUUGACCAUUUAGCCACGAAGUGCGGGAGUAUGCUUUACCAUGAUUACACAUGGAGGCAUAACGAGGUGGUGAGGUCCCUCCAUCUUUUGCUCUGCAAUAAGUAUGGCUUGAGGCGGUCCAGAAAGUUGCGAACCUAUCGAGUUCAAUCGAUGUGUGAGAACUCGCGGGUGUGCAUUAAGGUGGAUACCCCCAUACGCACCUCGAUUGUUGUCCAGCACAACAGACCCGAUAUUGUGGUCCACGAUAAGGUCACCGGGGAGAUUGUUAUCGUGGAGAGCAAAGUGAUCCAUUUAAACAAUACAUGUUUGUCCGAAUUUAUUGAGUAA